AUGAAUAAUGCAACGUUAGAGCAGGGUGAGCGUGUGCGCAAGUGGGCGAGCGCCGCGCUGCCUCUAUGCUGUAUCGACGCAGAUUUGACAUUCACCGGGACGUCGCCAGGUGAUCUCGGUGCAUUGUCACCGUCACAAUUACAACACAUUACACUAAAGCAAGCUGAAAAUAAGAAAAAUACCGCUUUACCAGUCGCUGCUGAAGAGAAGUGGAUUACGAGGAGUGAGUUCCAGGACGCGGUAGUGGCAGCUGGUGGCCAAGCGGCCGCCCAACUCCAACAAAUGGCGACAUCUCUCGGGGAUCUCUCGCAAGCCGAGCUGACCAACAUCGUCGGCGGUCUGACGCUGGAGCCCGACACUGGCGAGGCAGCAGACCCUGAUGACAUCCUCAAGCAACUAGGAGAGACCGCUUUCGACAACUUUGAAACGUUUUUUACGGAUCUAACGAAUGCCACCGCGUCUUCAGUACCGCCUAUUGAAAUUAAGCAAGAAGAAAACAACAAUAUAUCGUCGCCAGCGUCCAGCAGCCAACUCCAAGGCUACUAUCAACAGAACAGUCAAUUAGCACUGCCAAACAACGGCCAGCAACGGUUACAACAGUUGUUAAGAUCAGGCACGAGUGCCAUCAACAGUGCCGUGACAAACAACAUCAACAAUGGCCGAUAUAAUAUCGCUUCCGCGAAUCCUUUGCUUGCUGAAAAACUAUCAGCGUCACCUAGCGGCAUUAAGCAAGAACCAAUCAGUUCGGAUUACAACACGACGAGUAUGAACUACGGGAGCGCGUCGCCGAUGCAGAGGAUGCCGAGCGGGAAGCCGCAGGUGCAUGAUGCUGGAGGAGGUAAAGCACUAGCUACAGCUCUUCAACAACCUUCAAACACGUCUACAGACUAUACAACAGUCGCAAUGAUACCAGUUCAGUCACUCAACGUAUCUAGGCACAAGAAUUCACCGUGCAGUCUAAAUAUGCCACAUAUGGGCGCAGAAGGCCGCUCACUGACAUGGCUGCAUGGCCUGCACCGAUGCUGGUAG